UUCUUGUUUUCGAUACAUUCCGGAGGAAAAAUGCCUCCCAAGAAAAAGAAAUCAGGCAAAAAGAAACUUGCAAAGAUGACUGAGGAAGAGAGGCUUCUUUAUAUGGAGCAGAAAAGAUUGGCAGAGGAAGAAAUGAAGAAGAAAAAGGAGGACAUGUUGACACAAUUUUUGAAGGAUAAACUAAUUAAAGAAGAAAAGAGCACAAAAUUCAAUCUGAACAAACUACAAAACCAAUGGAGAGUUAUCAUGAGAGAGGGUAUAAUGAAGAUCAUAAGCCAACAGAGAAGGGAGAUGCAUGACAUUCAGGACAUCAUGUUUGCAAUGGAGGAAGAAUGGAAUGAACUGGAAAAUGAGGCUAAGCAAGAUUUUCAAAGUCUUAGAGAUGAAAUAAAAAACAAAAACCUGGAGGAGAAACAUGCUCUGAGAAUACAACUGGAAGGAACAGUGGAGGAUUUAUGGAGACAAUUUCAACAGGCACUCAAGAAUUACAAUGAAACAACAGAGGAGAGAAAAUUGGCUUUUGAAAAUCUCAAAGCUAAAGAUGAGAAGAGUUCUUAUGAAAUAGAAACCCAAAUGAGAAAACUGCAAAGAAUACAGGACAACAUUUCUCAGCUUAAAAGUAAAAUGGCAACAAAUGCUAAAGAAUGUGAUGAAAGGAACAGACUCAUAAAAGAGCAAAGAGAAGUAGUUGCUACUCAGUUCCAUGAACUCAAAGCAGAAAUGAACAAAAUGAGGGAUUCAGAAAGAUCACGUUUGACCCAGCUGACACUUCAAAGCAAUGCAGCCAUAAAAGAACUUACAAAGACCAAAGAAAGGGGUGAAUUUAUCCUAAAGCUGGCUGAAAUGUGCCGGAAACUGGAAACAGAGGCCGAGAAGGUGUUGCCUUUCUAUGUGUCAUCACUUUUGCCAGAAGAGGAAGAUGACGUGGCCGCCGCUAUGCAGGAAGCACCCUCUGAGCCACUUGCCGAGAUUCUACAUGAGUAUUCUGCAUUAGAGAACUUUUGGAAGAGGUACAACAAGGUUUUACUUGAUAAGUUAGCUCUUGAUAAAGAGAAGCACACCCUUCUCCAAGAAAAUCAGCAACUCAGGGCUGUCCUCAAACAGUACUUAGAUGGAAUUUCCGUGAACGACGAGAUACUUAGUCAAUACAACCCGCUUUUUAUUGUCAAUAGCAAAACCAACGUCAGGCUGGCCAUACCGGUAACUGACCCCCGCAUCAAAAGAUCAGGCCCUACUGUGGUGGAAGCGGCCCAUGUCGUUAAGCAUUCCAUGUAAAUCUUCAUGGAAAAAAAAAAUAAUAUCACGCACUGUAAAAAUGUAAAAAAGUAUUUUAUCUUCCUCGAAGAUUUCCAAGCAUCGUGGAAAUCGUUUGACUGUGUAUUAUUUGUGACUAAAUAAAAUUGUUUACCCUAUUA